AUGGUGAUUCCCUUAAUAAGUAUAAUUUUUAGCCUUUCAAGCAUUAUUAUUGUCAUAUCCAUGGAUAGAGAGAGACAUGAAUAUCUUGUGAGUUCACUCAAUGUUGCUAGCAGAUAUGUAUCUGUAGAUUUUAGUAUGUUACCGUGUAUGAUUUACUUAGUUUGCAGAUAUUGUAGAUAAUACCGGUAUAUAUAUUAGGAACUUAAUAAGCCAUUUCAGUUUCAUUAUUUUAAAAUAUUUUUUGAGCAAUCUAGUAUUAUUGUGUUUAAAAUCUUAAAAUAAUUUCUAUGUAUACAUUGAUGAAAGAAAAAACAUAAUUUUUACUUUAAAAAUUUAUUUUUUUAAAUUAUACUCUACAUCUCUUUACAGCCUACAAAGAGAGCUUUACUUCAAGAACAAGAUACUAUUCUCCCUUUUUUAAAAACGGUUUGAAUUUUGUACUUUAUUUUUGUUGUUGUCUUUAAAGACUUCAAUGUUGCAGACUUAUACAAAACAUUAGGAUAUGAUGCACAUACACUUGGCUGGAACAGGCUUCAGUCAAAACUAUUUGCCAGCACUAAGUCAUGCUUGCACCAUCACAAAACACUGAUAUCUGUGAGGCUAAAUGAUAUUCUUCCUCUGUUCUCUUUUAUUGACACUUAUCAUUUACACUCAUGGAUAAUGUAACACUCACUCAGCUGUUUCAUUCAAACCCUCAAUCAAACACCUUACCGGCCCCUUCUCAACAAUCACCUUCACAUCCCAACACUACAUUACAUUCAAAUCAAGCCCAAUGAUUACAAUUCAGGUACCUUGAAAAAGUUGUUGUUAAGUUUAGUUUUAUCAUAGAGAUGUAUUUUUAUGGAGAAGGAAAUAGAUACAAUUGUAAAUUUAUUACUCUGAACAUUAUAUCUGACUUAAAAUUGUUAUUUUCUUUUAAAAUUUAAUUUUAAUUAGUUUGCAUUUAAAUGUAAAUAUUUUUGUUUGCAGUUCAUCAAGGGUGAAAUGAAGUUAUCAGGUAAUUGUUACAAAUUGUUGCCCUUUUCCCUUGGUAAUCAAUCAUUAUCACAGCCAGUAAGCUGACUUUCUCUGUUACAUCUGUUUAAAAAAAAAAUGGUUCCCCGAGACAUGAUUAUUUUCAUUUAAUCAAUAUACAAGCCAUUUUAACUCUACAGAAUUUUUUAUUUUAGGUGGGGUUUAUUUGUUCACGCGGUAUUCAGGAAAUUUAUCAUCACUUCAGUUGUACUAACAUUUUUAUUCCUCUUUACUUUGUGUGCAAAAUUAGAAAUCUUGUUGCAUAAUGCAGCUACAACUACAAGUGCUCAUGUUGGACUAACAAUACCAGACAGAAUCCCAGGCACAGAGCUAGAAACAGGUAUAUAACUUAUACAAGUUAAUUUAGUGUCUUGGAGUAAACGUUUUAAAUUUGGACGUACUGUUGUAAAGCUUCUAAAAAUUUAUAAACAAUGCAAGGUUUACAGAACCAUUUCAUUCACAUUUAAAAUAUUACUUUUGACGCAAAUAUUGGGAUAAUAGUUUAAUAAUAAACUUUUUUUUUUACAUUAGAGAAAUAAUGUGAAUAAAUAUUCUGCAUUAAAAUAAAUGAGCUUAUUACAGGAAAUUUUAUUGUUAUGCAAAUAUUUAUAUUGCCAUUAACCUUUACUCAUCUGGCCGCACCAAUUUUGCUGUAUGUUGUUUUUGUGAAAAACUAUUUCUACCUUCAUUUACAUAUGUAAUGACAAUGCAGAUAUUAAAAAAUAAGUUAUUAACAGAGUUGAUAUUGUGCAUGUUUAUUGACAUAUCCAGUUAUAAAAAAUACGGAAAACCUGGAAAUUGCGCAAACCCUUGGGACCAAAUCAGAAGUGGUGCUAUUUUCAGAUUCAGGCGGUCCCUUUGCUGGGUUGAGCUAGUGCAUGUGCUAAGGAGAGUGCUAGUUCAGUGCUCUUAUUUCCAGAUUUUAUUGUAUAAAUUUAUAUGAUAACAAUUAUUCCACACAACACAGGAGAAACUUAGCACCAAGAUAAUGUUUCAACAAAUUACCUCCCAGAUCCCAACUUUGCUAACCACCAUCCUUUACCCACCAAGUUGAAUGUCAGUGAUGCAUCCAGCAUCACCCACAGUCGAGGAGUUGAACUCAAGGAAAAUGGAUUACAUAUAUUACAUUCAGGUAUGUAAAUAAAGGGAGCACUUGUGCAAUAUUUUGUUCCUGGCAUAGUAUUUAUAAGAUGGUAAAAAUACAAAAAAGUGAAAGAACAUUUUUCAAUGUUUGUCUGGCUCCAGUUGAGAUUUAUAUUUUGUUUAGAAUUUAUCAACACUGUCUUUAUAUUAGCCAACAAAAUGUGAUUAUCACUCAAUUUAGCAGGGGUGGGCAAACUGCAGCCCGGCAACUAAUACAAUGCGGCCCUUGAAGGCAUUUAGAAAUAAUAAAAAUUACUUUGGUUUUUUUUUAAAGUUAUUUUGUUGAAUUUUACAGAAUUUCAUGUACUGUUAUGAUUGUUUUAACAUUUUUUGAUCAACUUUCUAACUUUCUAAUUUUUUAAACAGUCCUUAACUUUUGGCAUGUAAUGCUAAAAUGCAAAUUUAACGAUUUUAAUAUAGAGAAAUGUUUUGUAAUAAUUGGAAAAAAUAUACAUGCAGCCCCCCAAAUGCUUUACAGUUGUCAAUGUGGCCCUCCGCACAAGAAGUUUGCCCACCCCUGCAAUACAGUGUUGUUUUUUAUCUGUGGCCUUUGCUUACCUUCAUUCUUAAAUCCCCAUAAGGCAAAUUUGGUUGUUACUAAAAAAAAAAAAUUAAACAUUUAAUGAUUAAAGCUUAAAACUAAUUAAUUUGAAUAAAUUAUUUUUAAGAGGGGGUUUGGAGGAAGACAGUCAAAGUAGUGUAGGGGUUGAUUCCCCUACUCAACAGCUACAGAAAAAACAACUUACUAGCUCCUAUAAGGCGGACGUGUAACACUGACACAAGGCAAUUUAAAGGCUACGUCAGGUUUUCUUAAUUCCCUGGCUUAGCUGGAAAAACAGUAGUAAUAAGCGUAAACAAUCAAUAAUCAGGAAAUAUACACUGGGUUUACUGGAGAUAUAAGAAGGCCAAUUUUCAAAAUCCUUCAUGCUAAAAUACUCUACCUUUUCAAAAUGGCAUUCACAAAAACGUUUCAAAUCAUUCUUUCUUUAAUUGCAUUUCAAAAGCUCAUCUCAGCACACUCUUUGAGGCUCACGAAAAUUUACACAAUAUUUUAUCCAGUCUCUUCUUAAAUUUAUCUUUCUAUACCAGAUUUUUCUUACAUUGUUUAAAUACAAAAUAUCUUUCCAAAUGUGGCUGAUGUAGAAAACAUUUUAUGCAUUUCGAAAUUCAUUUGUCCAUUUUGAAAUUUCAAAAUUAAAUUUGUUUUGUCUGUAUUUAGCUAAAAAUAAUUUUUUCUAAACAUACAUUUUUAAUUUGCUUUUUUUUUUUUUCACUCAGGUCUAUAUUAUAUUUACAGCAGUGUAAAUUUUCAUCCCAACUCAAGAGCUUUCUCUGCAGAGUUUGCUCAUAAGGUAAGUGCUACCACUCCCACUGUGGAAUGUAUCAGACAGGGAAUAAAGGAACAUUUUUCAAGAUUAAAUUCUUUUUCUUUAAGUUUUCUGGUUUUAAAAAUUCCUAUUAAAUCUUUUUUUUUUCUUUUCUUUUGUUUCAGACCUGGUUCCAUUAUAUUGAUAUGCAUUCUUAUG